AUAUGUCUCACUGUUAAAGAUCUCGAGAAGUACUCAUGUUUACAUCCAUGACAGGUGCCCCCUUUUCUACCGGAAGCGGAAGUGUUCUGCGCCGACGCAUUACAGUAAUGGGAGCAUAAGCAUGGCAUCCCUUGCAAGAAAGUUGAGGUCAUUAAGACUGUCAGUCAGGACUUAUGAUAUCAUCUGUAAAAGAACGGUGGUAUCAGGUCGCAAUGACAUCAGAGUGAUCAACUACCUAGACAAUGAGAAAGUGGAACGUCAUCGGCGAACGCCACUGUCCCAGCACCCCGAUAUGAAGGACCUGGAUGAAGUGCGGGCACGGCGCCAUGUGGAACUGCCUCCAGAUUUCAGCAAUGUGAUGCAUGAGUUUCUCCCAUUGCCGCGGCCGGAGCACCGAGACCGUGUCCGAGAGCUGCUGGAGAGAGAGGACAUGUACCGUCGCCGAGAACACAUGGACAUCCCCGAGUUUUACGUUGGCAGCAUCCUGGCUGUCACGGUGGCAGACAAAUAUACAGCCGGGAGGACAAACCGGUUCGUGGGUAUCUGCACUCGGCGUGGCGGCCACGGACUCCGAGCCUACUUCAUCCUGAGGAAUGUGGUGGAUGGACAAGGUGUGGAAAUCAUGUACGAGAUGUAUAACCCUGUGGUGCAGAAGAUGGAGGUGCUGAGGCUGGAGAAACGUCUUGAUGAGGAUCUCAUGUAUCUGCGUGACUGUUCCCCUGAGUACUCGACCUUCCCCAUGGAUAUGGAGGCCACGCCCCUUCCUAAAGGCAGUUCUGUCCCCAUCAACACAAUGAAGGUGAAGCUGAGUCCACCGCCCUGGCAUGAGAGGUGGGAGAGGAUGGACUUGAAGGGGGUGGAGGAGUUCCAUGUGUCGGAGAAGAGGUUGCGAAAGGCGGAGGCGGUGGCGGUGUCCAAACCGUGGGAGAAAUAUGACCUGAUGAAACAUUACCGGGAGAGCAUAAACGAGGUGGAGUCACGGACAUUGAUGAAGGAAGUGUUCCUCAGGAAGCAGAAGAUAGAUCAGGAAUGGGCCAGCACCAAGAGGAUUCUUCGUAAGCGGUGACCCUGAAAAGGUGUGACGUGGAACAAUCUGGGGAGAGACUUAUGUAUUCAUUCUGUGGUGACACUGGACGUAGCAUGGACGUGGUUUGACUGGAGGAGAUCCUUGGGUCACUCUCCUGAAGUUGUGAACCUGGACUUUGUAUAUAUGUGUUACUUGUGGCUUAGAAAUAAAUACUAUGUUGACAUUCA